GUUUCGCGAAAAGUGCAUUGCGCUAAGGUGCAAAAAGGUGCAUUUCAUGCGUGUGUGUUGUGUUAUCGUGCAAGCAGGUUUAGAAUGAUCGCCUUAUCGCAUGCACCCUGUAACUAGACGAUCUUUCGACGCGAACCUACAGCAUCGUUGCCCGUUGUAUGUAGCUAGCCCGUGCCAGAUACGCGGAACUUCCUCGUCAACCAUCGGAACCGUGAUCCAUCCGUGGACGUUGCUGCAGCCUGAUCAUUGCAAUAGUGUGCAACAAGUGGGUGGGCAUCUCUGUUAAUAAAAUUAUACUACAACAAUAUCGUGUACCAAUAAUUCGCUAGAGGCAAUUUAGUGAGUGCCGAAACAUGGGUAAUACACACAGCAAUAGCAACGGAAAGGGAUCCGGUUCAAACAGUCCUUCAAAGACCAAAGCAAAUGGUGGUGGUGCUAAUGAACAAUCGAAACAGCCGAACGGUGGCAAUGUUGCUGCACCUGGCCCAACAGCACGCGGCAUGACGCGUACUGCGAGCGGUGCAGACAUACAGGACCGUGCCCAGACACAGUUCCAACCAGUCGAUAAGCUCGGUCGUAUAUUGGCGAAAAAAUGUGAAGAACAGCACGGAAUUCACGGCGUUACGGGAGAUAUAUUUGCGCGGUACGUGCUUCCAAAGUAUCCCGAUCUUGGAUUGAAAUUAUUUCGCUACCUACGCUUUAUGAGCCACGCUAAAACAGAACACCUUGGUUUGGUUGCUUUUCGGCAGCAGUGUGAACGGUUUCUUGCUCUGCUCGAUGAUUCGAUCAUUUUGGAAAACUAUGUGCGCAUGUUUGGUGAUCUGAACGAGAGCGAGCUGAUAAAGCCGGAAAAUUUGAAAAACCUGCUACGCACCUGUUACAAUCUCGCGAUGGCACACUACUCGGAUGGACCACAAACUUGUCGGUUGCUUAAUCGAACGCUCGAUUCCGUUGUGCAGUCGUGUUUCUUCUCGAAGGAAUCACUCAGUCCGGGUUAUAUUUGCCGCUGGCUGGAAAACAAUGUACCCCGGCUGGUACCGCCUAUUCACAAAUACUGCGUGCACGCGCUUAGCACCUCCCAUCGGACAAUCAUCGACAACAGUAUGGUGAGCAACAGUGAAACUGUCGUGUCGAUCAGUGCCAUUAACGCAGGCGAAGCAAGCUACGGACUGGAGCUGCAAACUCCUAUUCUCGAGAAAACGAAUCCAUUCGGAAAGGAUCUUGGUGGAGGUGUCGUAGGCACAGGUGGCGGAAUGGGCAGUGCAAGUAUGUCACGUGAACCAGGUAAACCACUUACGCCGGAAGAACGUGAGCGUCUGAAAAAUCAGCAACCGCUACUACCGCUUUCGGAGGCUUGGCUGCUAGCGGGAUCACUUCCACCCCUGUACAGCAAACCGCAAUCCGUGCCGGCACCGAUUAAUCCAAAUUCGGCCAACUUAACUUCGCACAUUUUCUUGGCGAAACUUUUGUCGCUCGUACCCUCGCACUGGACGUCACUGUACGAUUCGAGACUGGAUGGUGCGGGCACGAAUAGAUUUUUGCACCACGUGCUUGGCUACCGUGGACCGAACCUGAUCCUGUUCCGGUGCGAGGACGACCUGCUGUUCUGUGUGGCAAAUCCGAACGAAUGGCGCGAAACGCAUCUGUACAUUGGUGACGAAGGAAGCUGCUGUUUACAGUUGCUGCCGAAAUUUCAAAUGCUGGAAAAGAAACCGAAAAGCCUCUACCUGAAUACGCACAUUCGGGGUUAUCCGAAGGGCCUUCGUGCUGGUUCCGAUCCGCGUAAACCGAUCCUGAUCGUGGACGAGCACUUCGAGCGGCUUGAAUAUCGUUCGCUGCAUCACAAAAUCCUUUCGAUUGAGGUGUGGGGAUGCGGCAAUCAGCAGCAACGCGACGUUCAGCUGGAUAUUAAGAAGUGGCAGGUGAAGGAAGCGGAACGGCAGCGAACGGUCAAGAUGACGGCUGCCGACUGGAUGGAUCAUCCCGAUCGCUACCUGCUCGAACUUGGUGGCCGACAAAAUUAUAACAACUCAUCCACGUAAUCGGUCCUGCUGGUGGCGUUGCUUAGAAGCCGAAAGUAACUUGGAAACAACUGGUCCUUUUCACCCAAUUUAAUUUCGGGGUGAAAUCAGAUUUCACAGAUUUCAAGGUAGGCUAGCAAGAAGACUAUCUGACGUUUGUCGGGCGUUAGAUGGAGUAUGAGAGAUCGUUGCUGUACUUACAGUUUUAAAACGUGUGUUUAUUACGUUAUCCCUAUUCAUAUGCAGGCUUAUGCUACCGAUCAACUGUUAAAAAAGAGCAGCAACGUGGCACAUAACUUAAUAAUCAGAUUUCAAACCGUUGGCAUCGAUUUUCGAAGGAAAACAAAAAAGACAGUGAUAUAACAGGACAAAGAGCAUUGAGCCAAGGAGACUGCUUUUGAUCUAUCGCCACACACACUAACUUACGGUUGUUAUUUUAAUAUGUGUUAUUCGUGUUGGUUAUUUUUACAUAAUAAUGAAUGGGAAUGGUAAACCUUUUCCGUUUUUUUUGGUAGGACGCAUAUCAUUUUAUUUUUGUUCGAAAAUGUGUACUUACAUCGGCACUAUUUAGCUUUGAGGGCAUACAAUCGAGGGAUGAUAAUGCUUUACGGUUUGUGUACUCCUUCACGGCAGUGUCUAGAUAUUGGAACCGGUACCUAUUAGUUAGGUGCAAUACAUUCAGAAAAGUUAUUUAAUAAUGUUAUUAGAAUCCACAUGAAUGUUUUGUGCGUUUGUGAGACGCGUUUGUUUUUUUUUAUAUUCUGAUUGUUUCGUAGUGCGAAAUAAUUAAAAUUAUCACAGUCUAUGAGCAAUUUACAUAAGGUAGACAAUAAUAACAACACUUUGACCAUUUUAAGUAUUUCUUACAAAUGUAAUGUUACUUAUUGAUAUAGCUGUGAAUAGUGUCUUAUAAGAAAGUGAUACAUGAAUAAAGCGGAAAGAAACAUUUAUAUUGCAAUGGAUGUUAUUUUUCCGACCAGGAUUUGAGA